AUGGGCUUUCUGCGUGCUGCUGUUGCAGCUACUGCCCUGCUCGCCUCCUUCACCAAUGGCGCACCGUCGACGCAAAUGUCAACCAUUGACAAGAGGGCAUUGAAGUUCAACUUCGGCGGCGAGAAGGUGCGAGGCGUCAAUCUGGGCGGUUGGUUCGUGUUGGAGCCUUGGAUCACCCCAUCGAUCUUCGAGAAUGGACCGGCCAACGCCGUCGACGAAUAUACCUACUGUCAGUUACUGGGCAAGCCGGAGGCCAAGAAGAGACUCGAGGGACACUGGAGCAACUUCUACAAUCAGAAUGACUUUGCGUUGAUGAAGAAGGCCGGAUUGAACAUGGUCAGAAUCCCAAUCGGAUACUGGGCAGUUUCGCCUCUUCCGGCCGAUCCCUAUGUACAGGGUGCAUACGCACAUAUGCGUACGGCGAUUGACUGGGCCAACAAGGCGGGUCUCAAAGUCAUGAUCGAUCUGCACGGUGCUCCGCGUUCGCAGAACGGAUUCGACAACUCCGGCAAGCGUGGUCCGAUCGGAUGGACCCAGGGUGAAUCUGUGAAGAACACCAUCAGGGCAUUGAACAAGAUUAGGGACGACUUUGCCAAUCAUCCUGCCGUCGCAGCCAUUGAGCUGUUGAACGAGCCUAUGGGUCCAAGUCUCGACAUGAACGUUGUCAAGCAGUUUUACUAUGACGGCUGGGGCAACCUUCGUAAUUCUCCAGUGGCAGUGACAUUCCAUGAUGCCUUCAUGGGUGUCACGUCGUGGAACAAUGACAAGUUCGGAGCUGGUCUGUCUAACCUUGUCUUGGACACACAUCAUUACGAGGUCUUCAGCUCUGGGGAGCUGCAGCGAGGCAUCCAGGAUCAUCUUCACUCAGCUUGUGACUUUGGCAAACAGAUGGCAUCAACCGAUAAGGUCACCAUUGCUGGAGAGUGGAGCGGUGCUAUGACUGACUGCGCCAAGUACCUCAACGGUCGUGGCGUUGGCGCAAGAUACGACGGAACCUUCAACAAAGACGGACAGGGCUCGUACUACAUUGGAUCUUGUGACAGGAAGACCUCAGGCACUGUUGCAGGCCUUGGAGAGGCUGACCACAACAACAUCAAGUCUUUCAUCGAGGCACAGAUCGUCGCUUACGAAAAGGCGGACGGUUGGAUCUUCUGGACAUGGAAGAACGAGGCUGCUCCCGAAUGGAAUUUCCGGGACUUGAUUGCGAAUGGAAUGGUACCACAACCAUUCGACUCCGCCAACCGUGGCGUAUGCGGCUGA